UACAAAGCCAAAAAGUGUACAUAUGUAAAUAAAAGGCGCUAAAAGUCAUGUCAAAUCUAGGGAUUUUUACUUAUCAUGCUUAGUGACUUCCUGUUUUCUCGUUCUUUCAGUUUACUUCAUUGCAAUGGGCAUCAGCAGAGACCAUUGGCAUAAGCGGAGGGCUACGGGAGGUAAAAGGAAACCUCUCCGUAAGAAGAGGAAGUUCGAGUUAGGUCGUCCCGCUGCUAAUACAAAGUUAGGUCCUCAAAGGAUCCACUAUGUCCGCACGCGUGGUGGAAAUUUGAAAUAUAGAGCCUUAAGGUUAGAUACAGGCAAUUUUGCAUGGGGCAGCGAGGGUACUGCCCGCAAAACCCGUAUUAUUGACGUUGUUUACAACGCCAGCAACAAUGAAUUGGUUCGUACCAAAACAUUGGUAAAGAACGCGAUUGUUGUUGUCGACGCCACCCCGUUCAGACAAUGGUAUGAGAGCCACUAUAUUUUGACUUUGGGACGCAAGAAGGGUGCGAAAUUGACGGCCGAAGAAGAAGCUAUUUUAAAUAAGAAACGUAGCAAGAAGGUGCAAAAGAAGUAUGAAACUAGACAAAAGACCGCGAAAGUAGAAACCGCUCUUGAAGAACAGUUUCAAACUGGUAGACUUUUGGCUUGUUUGGCGUCGCGACCAGGUCAGUGUGGAAGGGCAGAUGGCUAUAUCUUGGAAGGGAAAGAACUUGAAUUUUACAUGCGUAAGAUCAAAUCCAAGAAAGCCAAAUAAAAUGUAUUUUCUAAAGGCUUUUAAUAAAAGUUGACAACAA